AUGACCCAUUUACAAGCUGGGCUCAGUCCAGAGACUAUAGAGAAAGCCCGCCUGGAACUGAAUGAAAACCCAGACAUUUUGCACCAGGAUAUCCAGCAAGUCAGGGACAUGAUCAUCACGAGGCCUGACAUUGGGUUUUUACGUACAGAUGAUGCCUUCAUCUUGAGAUUUCUCCGAGCCAGAAAGUUUCACCAAACUGAGGCCUUCAGACUGCUGGCUCAGUACUUCCAAUACCGCCAAUUAAAUCUGGAUAUGUUCAAAAACUUCAAGGCUGAUGAUCCAGGAAUCAAACGGGCUCUGACAGAUGGGUUUCCAGGAGUACUGGAAAAUCGCGACCACUGUGGAAGGAAGAUUCUUCUGCUUUUUGCAGCCAACUGGGAUCAGAGUAGGAACUCCUUCAUAGAUAUCCUCCGGGCUAUACUACUUUCCUUGGAAGUUCUCAUUGAAGACCAGGAGCUUCAGAUAAAUGGCUUCAUUCUAAUUAUAGACUGGAGCAACUUCUCCUUCAAGCAAGCCUCCAAGCUUACACCAUCUAUCCUCAAACUGGCCAUUGAAGGGUUACAGGACAGCUUUCCUGCACGUUUUGGAGGAGUCCAUUUUGUCAAUCAGCCCUGGUACAUCCAUGCCCUGUACACGCUAAUCAAACCGUUCCUCAAAGACAAGACAAGGAAAAGGAUCUUUCUUCACGGAAACAACCUGAACAGCCUUCACCAGCUAAUACACCCUGAAUGCCUGCCCUCUGAAUUUGGAGGGACGCUGCCUCCCUAUGACAUGGGGACGUGGGCUCGAACGCUGCUAGGUCCCGACUACAGCGAUGAGAACGAGUACACCCACACCUCCUACAACGCCAUGCACGUGAAGCACGCGUCCUCCAACCUGGAGCGGGAGGCAUCGCCCAAACCCAUGAAAAGGUCCCAGUCUGUGGUGGAAGCCGGCACGCUGAAGCAUGAAGACCAGGGGGAAAGUGAGAACACCCAGCCUCUGCUGGCUCUGGACUGA